CAGAGAGCCGCAGCUGCUUCGCAAGGCUGCAUGCCUCGCAUGACAUGAUGUCCGCCAUUGCAUGCGUUUGAUGUCAAGGCAGCGAUAAGAACACCUGAUAGAACACUGCAAAAAUCGAGGAAAUAAAGUGCGAGUGGGCCUGCGUUAGGCCCACGCUUGUACUUAGCGGUCGGACUAGUACACGCCUACACGCUCUUGCAUCAGUGCAGUUAAUGGUGUCCAAGUCGCGUCUCGCAAUGGCUUCACCCGCAACUUCAGCGAGUCGCGUUAGGAGCUUUAUCUUGUACUGGGUCCUAUGUGCUACCAUAUUUCCAGCUUGCGUUCGUGCGCAUGCGCAUUCGCACCGCCACGGGCCGUCCAAGGCGCUUCAGUUUCGAGAAAAAUGGGACGCUACCGAACUAAUGCGGGACGUGGACCACAUCAAAGAGGAUCUGGCCAACCUUGUUGACAUCAGGAACGCAGGAGAGAUGACAGAGGAGCAGGUCACCUUUUACUUCUUCCGCAUGCACGACUUCGACGACAAUACCAUGCUGGAUGGGAUUGAGCUGACGUCUGCUAUGCAGCAUUCGCUAGAACACUUCGUCGACCCAUCUCAUUUGGGACCAGAAAGCUUUGAAAGCGUGAUUUUAAUGGUCGACGGACUCUUGAUGCUUGACACAAACAACGAUGGCUUUGUCUCCUAUCCGGAGAUGAGAGCAAACAAAAAAUAGAAGCCCAUGAAAAAAUGCAGCGAGUGUACCGACGAAUACCGAUAUAGCGAUAAUUCGCACUAUUGCCUGUACCGCCUGCCUCUUUCGAGAA